AUGCCGAUUGAUAUUGCAAGAUAUAGCAAAUUGAUCUCCCCAAAGGACACGGGGCAUAAUGAAGAGAGAGAGGAAAAGUUGCUCGAGAGGUGUCCUCCUGGCCAUGAGGGCACAAAGUUGAUCGACAUACCCGUGACAAUUCUUGAUGCAUCCGGUGCCAUCAUCGCAUGGUACCUCCCAGACGCCUUGACCGAUGCCACCCAGGCCUCGGAUUUGCUAGCUCCCAUGCUCGAACAAAGCAUAAAGCUCAAUGGGAUUUGGCGGACUAAUCAACAGUGGUUCACACCAAGCUCGGAAAAUGAUGUCCUAACUCCCGGAUGCAUUAAUUUAUCUCCGGCAUGGUUUCACCAGGGGCACGAGAAUCAGUCCGAUCCGGAGGUAUCUGCAUCAUUGAAGGGACCAUCCUCCGAGAACAUCCUCAAAGCCAUUGCAAGGCCAGCAGCCAUUGCCACAGCGGCACUCAGGGUGAUGCAUCCUGAGCAGUACUGGGCAGGGUUGCAAGCCUUUGCGAGCCUCGGAGAAAAGGCACGAAGCAAGGAACUGCCGAAGAUGUCAGAGACUCUCCAGUACUGGGCAACGGUGUUUAACAGCCUCACCGUCAUAUGCAAUCGGGAAACCCCGAAUCAUUGA